GUGGUGUUGAGGGUGUAGGGAGGCCUGGGGGGUAGAAGGGAGGUGUGAGGUACCUCAACUGGAGGUAACAACUUCGGGUUAGUGACGUGUUGGGUGGAAACGUUUGUGGUGUAGGGUGUAGAGAGUGUGUAUGUAUGUGUGUGUGUGUGUGUGUUUGUAUGUGUGUGGCAGGGUGGGUGUAGAGUAUCGACCAGUACAGGGGGGGUGGUAGGGGGGAGUAAGAGUGUGUGCAGUAGAGGUGCCGUGAGUCAGUGUGUGGUGCCUAGCUGGUGUGGCAGGUCGCACACCCUCUCACCCUCCACCACGCUGUCUCACACUCGUUCAUCCUCCUCUUCCUCCUCCUCUUCUUCCUCUCCUCUCUCUCCUUCUUUCUCUUCUCCUCUCUCCUUUCUCUCCUCCUUCCCAGCUUCCCUUCUGCCUCUCUCCAAGUCCUACCAGCUGGUCCCUACCUCGUGUUCGUUCCCUUCUGCGUCAUCUGAGACAGAUUCCUCCGUCAGGAGUUCCAGGCAGCAGCAGCCGGCACCCGCGUGGUCCACUGAGUCCUCCUCAGCAGAAGAUAACUGCUCGAGUACUCUCCCUCCACCUUUGACUACCUCAUCCGUCACCCCCAACCCCCGGAGACUCUAUCCAUCCACAUCCUCACCGGAUCAGCGUCCGCGGAGUGCGUCUAUUCCUCAGUCACCGUCGAUCUGCGUAUCUUGGAGCUCCAGCGCCUCGGACAGCAUCACGGAGGGCUUCCCCCGGAGUGUGUCCCUGCCAGACUCCUCGCUGGAGGAGCACCUCUGGAGGGAGUCACUGCUGGACUCCCCCACGGGGCACUCCACCUCCUGGAGUAGGCUCCUCCCUCGUUCACAUUCCUCCCUGGCCUCGCUCUCGGGCUCACCCUCCUACGUCUCUUUAGACUCGAGUCCUCCGUCGUCACCACCGUCCUCGCCCCAGGGUAACCCCGGAGGGUUCAACAUGCCUCGGCCCCUUGCCCAGAGUGCCCUCAUGAGGCCCCUGGUGGCCCUGGCACUGCCGGGCAUGUACCUGGUCUACAAGUAUAACCAGUACAAGAGACAGCAGCAGGAGGCCAACAGACGGAAGGCAGCAGAGAGAGAACUGGCUCAGCUCAACCACAAGAUAGACAAGUUGUUGAACAAGCUGGACGAACAUGAACCAGAGUUGGCCAUGACACAGGAGGAGGAGUGUGUGAUUUGCGUCAACGCCAAGGCUACAAUGCAGACCUUCCCGUGUGGUCACCGUGUGGUCUGCCGCAAAUGUUUCGUCAAGACCAUCCAGGUUGCGGUGAGUCAGCGGCUGCUGCCCCUGCGGUGUGUGGUGUGUAGGGCCAAGAUCCUGCGGCUGCGGCAGGCCAGGGACGCUCCCUUCCCCACCUCCAUCUCCCAGUACUCCAUGGCUGCCGUUGCCGCCACCGGCAGAUGUAUGCCAGCCUCCUCCUCUCUCUAUUCCUUCGGCUCCGGCUCCUCCGGGAUCUCAGUGUACCGCUGGGCCGCUGUACCCCGCGGCUGCCACUACUCCCUCGUACCGUCUACAGGCUUGUCCAAGGUGAGCAGCGCCAGCUCAAGCAGCGGAGGAUCAUACCGCAGUACCUGUGGUGCCAAGCUGGCCAGACCUGUCACCAUCUACGCUGCCAAGAGACUUCCCCCGGGCAAGAAACUCCGCUACACGGUGUCGAGCAAGAGUGGAGCGCGGAGCAAGGAGCCGCUCAAGGGAGGACUCCCACAAAUUAGAAUCGACGAGUACCAGGAGCCAGCGUGUCGACCUCCUCCCAUCUCCCGUCCUCCCAGGGUUCACAUAAGAGAGAAUAAGGUGGCUCCUCAGGAGACGAUGGGUCGGCUGCCCACCAUCAAGGAGUACACAGAGUUCAUCACUGAGAAGGAACUGGAGAAAGAGAAGUCUUGCUCCACCAGAAUAAGGUGUGCCCAAAAACUAGUGAGCCAGAUCGAGCAGCAUCACGGUGUUUCUCCACGGAUGCCCAGCCCAUCCUCAUCGCCUUCCCCGUCUCCGGCCAGGUCCCCUACAGCCAUGGCUGCAGUUGUGGCGGUGACAGCUGUAGCCGUUCCUGCAGGGGGCAGUGGGGCGUCAGUUAGUAGCCUGCACGACCGGGUCAUCUCUAGGUCCCCGUCAGCGUCCCCAUCUGAAGCAUCCAGUACAAGGAGCACUCCUGACAAGCAGUCUCUUGUUGGCAUGGGUCGCAGAGCGUCGUCAAGCUCUGCGUCUUCACUCAAAAGCAAUCUUUCCCUCGCCAGCAGCACCUCCGUCAGAAGUAACUCCUCGGUACACAGUAACACUUCGUAUAAGAGCGCCUCCUCUGUAAAGAGCGCCUCCUCCGUCAAGAGUGGCGUAUCUGUAAAGAGCGGAAUGUCCAGUAAAAGUUCAGUGUCGACGAGAAGCAAUGCCUCCACCAAGAGCACCACAUCAGGCAAGAGCACAGGCACUGUCAAGUCGAACAAGUCGACCAACUCGAAAAAGAAAGAAGCCGAUACUAAAGGAGUGAGAAGAAAGGAAAAUAGUGAUAAGAAAACUGAGACAAAUGAUAAAAGAGUGAAACAAACAAAGGGGGAGAGCAAGAUCAAGGCGCUCAAGAAAAGAUUUGAAGGUAAAGAAUAUCAAAGAUUACAAUAGUGGCAACAAAAGCUUUUCACAUUAGUGGAGGUACGUUGCUCAGUGCAAAAUAUAUGUUAUAACACAUGUGUUGGAGUGUGAUGAGUGGGCUAUGGUUGUGAGAGAGUCUCUCCUCCAGGGGGCGCUGACCCCGCUUGACCUAGCCACUUGCUCAGACUCGUGGGCAACAAGGGUCACUCGUAGUGUAGGCAUCGCAAUACAUAUCUUUCUCGUUCGUGUGUUCGUUAUACAGUACAUUAUGUAAGUCAAGUGGAGUACUGCCUGUACUCCUCCCUUGCUCCUCGCCUUCAGUCGAGUCUUGGUAAUGAGAGUUCCUGUAAGGAACAGUAAUUUGUGUUCCCUGCGAGGGACGGUGGAAAGCUUCUCUGCUCCAUCAGGCACAGCUGCCACACGCUUACACUCACAGCUUUAUAAGUCCAAACACUCGAGCGAGACUGCCGCAAUAAUACAUGUUGAAAGCAUAUUUUUAUUAACAAACCUUGGUGCAUUGACUUGGACAGACCCUGGAGGUGAUUUCGAUGAUCUUACCGUUGGUCGAAAAUAGACCUUGUAUUUGUUUUCCUUUGUGAAGUGUAGCCCCCUCAACGGGGAAGUGAACAGUUCUUCCAUUUGUAAGGGUUAGUCAGCACCAGCAGCCUUCAUGGUGAUACAGAACUUGAGAGAGAUCUCCCGUCGUCCAGACAGGCAAUACGUUGUUAGCCUUGUAUAUGUAGCUAGGCCGAAAGUAAACUAGCUAGAUUCUUAUGUUAUUCGGAAGGAGAUUUUGGUGUUUCAAUGGUGGCUCUAACCUACUGAAUGUCAGCCCAGGAUGUGUCGCUAGCCUCAGGGAAGCUCCUGCUACCACCACAGCAGUAGCACGUAGGAACUGACAUCACCAGCAGUUUGCUCUUGGAUCCACCAACAGGCCGGGAUUGUCACCACUACCAGCAGGUUGUCCCUGCCGCUACCAGCAAGUUACCGCUGCGGCCACCAGCAGGAUAGGUCUGCUAUAAACAGUAGGCCAGGCUUGCUGCCACCUCCAGCAGGUUGGACCUGCUAUCACCACCAUCAGUUCUGAUCUACCAUUACCUGUAGUAACAGGCCGUAUAUGCCACCAGCAGUAGGAGGGCGGACCUAUCACCACCAGCAGGUCAGACCCGAUGGCAGGUUCGACCUGCCAUCAGCAGAUGAUCGUGACUACAUCAAUGUCUGCUCAGUUUCCUGCUACCUGCUAAGGCAAAGCGACAACAACUGGGUCAGUGGUGGAAGCUUGAGAGCCUCCCCGAGUUUAAAGAUGACUAACCAAAUUUGCUACCCUCUCAACACACAAGCAUCAUGUUGUAUACAUUAAUGAGUGCACAGUAAGUUCUUGUUAACUACUGCGCGGGUCUGGAACAGUCCACAAUACAAUGAAAGAUUCCUGAAGAUAUUAUCAGUAUGAGAGCAGUAUAUUCACCCAUUAUGUAGUGACCUCAGCCAGUACCAAGACAACUGUAGGCUGAGUAUGAUAAAAACUACAGUUUUCAGAGACUACAAUAUGGUACCAUUGCAACCAUUCUAGCGCUGAGAGGUCAUUUGAUGUGUUGCAAUGAUACUGGGGUCCAUAUCUACGUUUAAAAAUCACAUUACCGUGGCUACAACAAAAUUUAUUACUAACAAACAACAGUGUGACGUUGAAACACUUCACAACAAACCCAUAAUUUUGAAAAAAAAAAUUGGGGCAACGUUUUGGUCCGUCUUGCACUAAUAUAAAGCCAUAAUUGUGAUUUGAUAACAGUCCAGACUGGACCAUUGUAUCGAGUCCUCUCUAAAUUAGGCUAUUUUAAUACUGAUUUUACUUUCAAAUGCUUUCAUGUUAUUGUGACAUUAUCAGUCCCCAUGUAGUUUAUUCUGUGUG